CAGUCUUCUCCUCAGCGACAGCACUAGUAUGUUGGAUUUGGGAGAUGCAAAGAAGCAGGCGCCUGUCUGUGUAGAGGUGUGUGGCAUUUGACAAUGGACUAUUGAAUAAGAGAGAGAGAGUGGGAGCUUCCUUGUAGCUUGAUUGAAACGGGGGACCGUAGCAACCGUGCCAUGGAAGGGUCAUACAACUCAAAGAAAGUGCUUCCUCAGCGGCCAGGAUUUCGGCACCAUAGAAAAGAGAACUAUGUGUGCCGCGACGCCCUGUCCCGGCAGUCUACAGAGUGUAGUGAGGUCCAGGAGGUGAGCCAGUCCCAGCUGCAGCAGCCCAGGGUGAAGCUGAACGGCUCCACUGUGGAGACACCCAGUCACCAUGACCUGCACCGCGAACUGUUGGUCAGCACCAAACGAGGUCUGUUGCCAGGAGAGAAGCCUGAGCUGAAGCGAGUCCUGGAACAGAGGAGGCUGGAGCAGCACAGAGAGCAGGAACUGGCUCUACAGCCUCCUCUGGAACUGGAGACGGAGCUACGCAAGAGACAGCAGAUACUGCUGGAGUAUGAGCAGGAGGAGAUCAGGCGCAGGGAGGAGCAGGAGAGAGAAGUCCCUGAGUUUGUACGUGUAAAGGACAACCUGAGGCGCACACAGGUGUCUGGGCAGUGACGACCAGUUGACGCUCCGUCCCGUCCCGUCCGCCCCCGCAGCUUCUCACCACGGAGGCCCUGGCUGCAGUCCGUUUCUUCACCCAAGAGUCCAAAGAGUGCACUUGUUCACCUCCCCCACCACAAUGGUUCUGCCAUCGCAAUGAAUCCAUCCUCCUGUUUCUCCCUCCACCAGCCUCCACUGCGAUCCAUAUCCUACAGCUAUAUGAUGAGGACCAACUUCACUGCAGCAAGUUACUGAAAAGACUUCUCCUAGGACUGAUAUGCAUCUCUUGCUGGACUGUUAUACUGUGUGGAAAAAGGCUAUUUUUAUUUAUUUUACCUUUAUGUAACCAGGCAAGUCAGUUAAAGAACAAAUUCUUAUUUUCAAUGACGGCCUAGGAACAGUGGGUUA